UAUUUGACUUUUAUGGCGUAGCAAAGCUCAUCACAUGUUUCCAAUAUUUACAUUUGAUAUUUUAGUCAAACUAAACACAGCUGUACACGUAUAUAUAGUUAGUUCUUCAUGACAGCAGGUACAUUACGGUUAUCGUGCAUGCAAACGUUUUUCAUUUACUUGAAGUUAUCACUCAUUUCUAAAAGAUGGUUGGGUACAUUUUUGUGACUUUUCUUGUAAUCGGUGCAUGCAAUGCAACGAACAAAGUAUUCGAAAUUCCACAAAGUGCAUUCAUGAAAAUAAAUGAAUAUGGUGAUGCUUUGGCACCAAAAGAUAUCAUUGCAAGUCAUGUCGUUUACAGUGCAAUUGAAUGUUCUUUUGAAUGUCAUCGAGAGAAGAGAUGUUUUGGUUUUAACUAUCUAGACGAGGCUAAAAAAUCUGAGAUAAACUGCCAUAUUUCCAACGCAACAACCAUAAGCAGAUUGAACACAUUGUUCGUCAAAGAAAAAUGGACUUUUUAUCAAGCACUUUUCAAGACGGGAAAAGACUGUGCCGAUCUUUACAUAAAAGGUGAAAAUAAGAACGGAGUGUAUCAAAUUGAUCCAGAUGGCCAGGGUUAUUUCGAUGUUUUCUGUAAUAUGAAGACAUAUGGUGGUGGUUUGACUGUGAUUCAAAGACGUCAAGAUGGAAGUGUAGACUUUUAUCGAAAUUGGAAAAACUAUACACAAGGAUUUGGUAAUCUUACUUCUGAAUUCUGGCUUGGAUUGGAUAAAAUAUACCGACUAACAUCAGCCAAGAGAAAUAAACUUCGUGUUGACCUUGGAGACUGGUCAGGAAACAAAACAUAUGCUGAAUAUGAUUAUUUUGCUGUAAGGAAUGAAACACAUAAAUAUCAGUUGAGUCUUGGUGCAUAUUCUGGAAAUGCUGGAGAUUCAUUAUCUUAUCAUAAAGACAUGGUAUUUUCAACAAAAGAUACAGGUAAUGAUCAAAGUGGAGGAAACUGUGCCAUUGACUACAAAGGUGCUUGGUGGUAUCGUGGUUGUUAUUGGUCUAACCUGAAUGGACACUACUAUAGUGGCAACCAAAACAAUCUCAAAGGUGUGACUUGGGUUACUUGGAAAGGUAGUAAAUCCUUAAAGUUCACUGAGAUGAAAAUAAAACCAUAAAGAAUUUCCAAAGACUGUGAUGUUAUAAAUUUGAUCAUUAUUUCUAUUGAAACUUUCAAAAUAUAAUAACGAAAAAUAACUUUUAUGUCUGUUAAAGAUCCUUUAUAAUCAUUAUCAUUUAAAAAAGCGUGGAAAAAAUUGUUAAAAAUGCUGUGGUGAAAUAAUAACUUUCUAAUAUUUUCCCUAAAAAUUAGAGCUGAUUUAGGUAAUUAUGAGAUUCUAAUGUUACGUCUUUUCACUCAUUUUUUAAUGAGAUGUUGCUCUGUAAGUAGCUAAUUUUAUAUUUUUGCCACGUUCCACGCAUUCUUAGUGUAUCAUGCAUGUCAUGCAAUUAUCUUAUAUAAUUAUUCACUAUUUAAGCAAAGUCACUUUUGAUUGGUCAAUUACCUGCAAAUAAUUUUACAUAUCAGUAGGUAAGAUGUCUAUUUACAAAUAACAGUUUCUACAAUUAUGGACGCCAUUAAAAGCCGGUUUUGAAAAAAAGUCAAA